AUGCAGGUCCUCGGCUGCGGCAACGUGGUCACCGACGCCGUGGUCCUCCCCGACGUGUGGUAUGUCCCUGGGCUCACGGCGAACCUUGUCUCGGUCAGUCAGCUUGCGGAGCUCGACUACAGCAUUGGGUUCGGCCAUGCCGAGUGCUACAUCAGGAGCCCCGAUGAUGGUGGGCUCGUCGGUUCAGCUCGCGUCGGGGAUGAAGGCCUGUUUGAGGUGGACUUCCUCAAAGUUUAA